AGUGAGAAAAAAGAACCGUUUUUGUUUGGGGUUUCUUCCGGCUGACACAACUGCAGAAAACGAGAUCAAACUAUUGCUGAUUUUGUAUUUAUAUUUCCGACCCAGUGGUUCCAUGAGUAACAACUCAAGAAUGACUUCUGAACCUGGACCACCUCCGUUUCUCAGAGGUUGCAAAGUAUCCAAGUUCGACAAAGAAGCAGUAAAACAUUUUCAGGAGGAAUACACGUGCCGACGACACGCUACAACCAUCGUAGAUACUCUUCUACUCUCUAGCUACGACGUCCUUUAUUUCACGCCGAACAAUAUAUUUCUAAUUGAAAAUGCUGGUGAUGUACUUGACACCUUUCGAUUCAAGGAAAAGGAAGGAGACCGCCUCCCGCAUGUUUACUUUGCUCGUAAACAUGACAGCGGAACUCAACUAUUUUGCACUCGCUGUCCAAGUAGUUGCACAUUUGCCGAUGUUGACAGAUUCAUAGAUUCUACAUCUAUCAAUGUAAUUGUCUGCAAUGACCUAGAGGCACACAUUCAAGAGAUUCAAAACAAUAUUUUGGAUUUAGAACCAUGCAGUCAAGGGGCACAACGCUAUAUCGUUGUCUGCAACGAUUUAGAGGCAUGUAAUCAAGAGACAAAGCAAAAUUCUGUUGGUUUUGAAACAUGUAAUCAAGAAGAAUACCACAAUGAUAUUUUCUGCAAUAAUUUAGAAGCAUGCAAUCAAGAGGAACAACACUCUGACAAUGGUAUUGGCUACAAUAAUAAUGCAGCACGAAGUCAAGAAAUACAACGCAGUGUUAAUGUCUGCAACGAUUUAGAAGAGCGCAGACAAGAGGCCCAACACGAUGGUAUAGUCGUUCAUGAUAUUAAAGCAUGCAGUCAACAGGCACAGCUGGACGUCAGACAAUGCUCUGGAAAUAUUCAGACAUCAAGACAAAUGAUCUGCCUACAAGUGCAUCAAGUAAACAGAUCUGAAUAUGAUAUACCGAUGUUUACGCCGUUAGAAUCGAAUAUCAGAGAGACUACCGCAAGUGUCCAAAUUGAAGACUCACACAAUCGAGAUGAACGACAGCAAGCCGGUGCUGAUGAAGCCAGCUUUGAUGCUAUGACAGAAAUAUAUCACACCUUUGAUAGUCGAAAGGAAACAUUUGCGAGCAGUCCACUACGACACAUGGAGGAAGAGUUGGCUGAGGCUGGAUUUUGGUACACAGGUAUGGGCGACACGGUCGAAUGUUAUGCAUGUGCUGGACAACUCACAGACUGGGCGUUUGGCAGCGAUCCAUGGAAAAGACACUGUCUUCGGUAUCCAAAUUGUCCGUUUGCAAAUGAGAAGAAAGGUGAACAAUUCAUUAUGAUGAUGAUUGAUGACGAACAAGUAAUGUCUGGUGCACAAGCAAAUUGUGACAGCGAAAAUUUAACUAAAGAAGUCACACGACGUAUCGUUGGUAAAUACGUUGAACUCCUAACGAAUGACAUGGGUUAUAAUAUGCAAGAAGUCACAGAUGCUGUAAAGGACUUGGUAGAACAAGGAAAUAUGAACCCGUAUGCAGAAGAAAUACUUGAGAAAAUUGAAGUAAAUUUUGAACGAGACAACACAAUUCACGUGCAUAAGGAGAACCGAGAAUUUGCACAGACAGUCAAAGGGACAUUGGAGGAAAAUGAAUAUAUGAAGAGACGUAGUUUGUGCGAAAAUUGCAAGAGGAAACCGAAAAACGUUUUGUUUACGCCGUGUUGUGAUUUCGUUGUUUGUGCAAAAUGCUCUAACAGCAUGCGAGAAUGCUCUCGAUGCGGAAGACAGAUACAUACACGGAUUAGGACAUAUGCGGAGUGAAUAACACAUGUGCAUAAAAAGAACCAUCGAAUACAUUACAUUCACCACCGCUGUAGAGGCUGAGAAAGUAGUUCGAUGUUAUAAACGAUGUUUUAAUCGCAUGGUGUUAAAAUUUCAAGAAAUGUUGUGCUCUACUUUCUAAAAAGAAAUGUGAAGUAAACAUGCAUACUUUUCCCAGAAACGUUUUAAAGGAAAGCUUUAAAUGUUUGGGUUUUAUUAAUAUUGCGACUUUUCACCCAAGCUAUGAAAUCUUACAUUAUUGACUAUGACAACUGUAUUAUGACUUCUAUAAGGUGGAAGUAUAAUGACGAUGCUAAAUUUGUAUUACAUGUUUACGAUGCUGGAUUCUGAAAUUUGAACACGACAUGAUUCAUGGACACCCAUGGAUGCUGGGAUCAUUUAGGCAGUCAAACUGAAAUACCGGCGACGCCAACUUAGCACGUCUUAGCUGAACUGGAGAAGGAUAAGACCAAACUCGGGCCAGAAAUCCUCCGACAGAUUACAAUUCGUCAGGCUAUCUACUGUGUGUCUGGUGCCUGGAGGGAGGUUAAGAGUGUCACAAUUGUGAAGUGCUUCGGGAAAUGUGGGUUCACAGCAGAGGUGCUAUCUAGUGGUUUAUCCCAGUCAAUUGAGGUUGAAGUGUUAGAGUCAGACACUGAUGAUGAUGAUGACUGUCCCCUAGCUGUCGUUAAGAUGGCCAGGGAUCUGUUUGAUUGUGAAUUCAGAGAUUUAGUUGACAUUGACAAGGCAGUGCAUACGUGUGAUAACAAAAUGACCAACUGGGAGAAGGACGCGUCCGAGAUUUAAAAUGACAUUAAUGGUGAGUCCACUGACUGUGUAAGUUUUGAAACGGAGGAAGAAGAGGACAACAGUGAACCUAAAAAUGUGACUCUCUCUCAGGUUGCAGAGUAUCUGAGCGGUCUGAUGGACUUUGCUUUGUGUAAGGGUCAGGGAUCAAUGUUAGAUCAUGUCAUGCACAUCAAUGACUUCUUUGUUGAAAUGCGUGUGGAGGCAUCAUCUAAACAGACCAAAAUAAGUGACUUUUUCAAACAAUAAAUUGUCAGAUGUUUUAUUUCAUUGUCAUGAUUCAUAUGAUUAUGAUUGAUGGUGAUUGGAAUAAUGUUUAUUAUUAUGAUACUUAAGAUGAUAAUGAGAAUGUUCUGUUUCAUUGACUUGAUUUGUGAUGUUGAUGGUGAUUAGAAAGAUGAAUAUGAUAUUUUUUUAAUGAAAAUGUUGUUUUAUAGCUUAUCUUAGAAAGGAAUAAAUAAAAUUAUUUUACGUCUA